AUGGCUAUUGCAAAGCAAAGCAUCUUGAGAUUUGGCUUCAAAUGGUUCUUCCUAGCAACUUUUAUGCUAGCCUGUGAUGGACAAGGUGGAAAGAGAGAGAAUGGUGGUCCUGCCUGUUACGGAGGAUUUGAUUUGUAUUUCAUUCUAGACAAAUCAGGAAGUGUCUUGCACCAUUGGAAUGAAAUAUAUCAUUUUGUGGAACACUUGGCCCGCAAGUUCAUAAGCCCUCAGCUGAGGAUGUCCUUCAUUGUUUUUUCAACUAGAGGGACAAUUCUAAUGAGGUUAACAGAAGACAGGGAACAGAUACGCCAGGGGCUAGAAGAGCUGCAGAAAGUCCUUCCGGGAGGCGACACAUACAUGCAUGAAGGAUUUGAAAGGGCAAGUGAACAGAUUUACUAUGAAAAUGUUCACGGUUACAGAACUGCAAGUGUCAUCAUUGCAUUGACAGAUGGAGAACUCCAUGAAGACCUGUUUUUCUACUCUGAGAGGGAGGCUAAUCGGUCGCGUGACCUGGGAGCAACAGUAUAUUGUGUUGGUGUGAAAGACUUCAAUGAGACCCAGCUGGCUAGAAUUGCCGACAGCAAAGAUCAUGUCUUUCCAGUGAAUGAUGGUUUUGAAGCCCUUCAGGGGAUCAUAGACUCUAUUUUGAAGAAAUCCUGUAUAGAAAUUCUGGCAGCAGAGCCUUCCAGUAUAUGUGCAGGGGAGUCGUUUCAGGUUGUUGUGAGAGGAAAUGGAUUUCGACAUGCCCGUAAUGUUGACAGAGUGCUCUGCAGUUUCAGGAUCAAUGACACGGUUACUCUCAAUGAGAAACCUUUUGUAGUGGAAGAUACCUACUUACUCUGCCCAGCACCUGUGCUACGAGAAGUUGGCAUGGAAGCAGCUCUCCAAGUCAGUAUGAACGAUGGUCUGAGCUUCAUCUCUAGCUCCGUCAUCAUCUCCAGCACACACUGUUCAGAUGGGACCAUCCUGGCUAUUGCAUUGUUGAUUCUCUUCCUCCUGCUGGCGUUGGUUCUUCUCUGGUGGUUCUGGCCUCUUUGCUGCACAGUGAUCAUCAAAGAGCCUCCCCCACCCCCUGCAGAAGACAGCGAGGAGGAAGAUGAUGAUGGCCUUCCAAAGAAAAAAUGGCCAACAGUAGAUGCCUCUUACUAUGGUGGACGAGGAGUUGGUGGCAUCAAACGAAUGGAGGUGCGCUGGGGAGAAAAGGGCUCCACAGAAGAAGGCGCUAAGUUAGAGAAAGCCAAGAAUGCCAGAGUCAAGAUGCCAGAACAGGAAUACGAGUUCCCUGAACCCAGGAACCUUGCGAACAACAUGCGCAGGCCUUCCUCUCCUCGGAAGUGGUACUCUCCAAUCAAGGGGAAAUUGGAUGCUCUCUGGGUCUUGCUGCGGAAAGGUUAUGACCGUGUAUCUGUGAUGCGCCCACAGCCAGGAGACAAGGGCCGUUGCAUCAAUUUCACCAGAGUGAAGAACACAGAGGCCCCACCCAAAUACCCGCUCAACAACGCAUACCCUCCGUCAUCUCCACCUCCAGCACCCAUCUACAACCCCCCACCCCCAGCUCCAAUCUAUACCCCGCCUCCACCCAGCUCACCCACACCCCACACUCCAUCCCCUGCCACCAAACUAUCGAAGCAAGAAAAGCCAAGAGACUGCAGGAACAAGGCAAAUAACUUGAGUUCCACUUCAGCAAGGCUCUCCCCUCUCUUUGUCCCCGACACUUCCCCGUGCCUUACCAUGGUGAUUCCAGGAUACAUUGAAAAAAAGGAAUGA